GAAACUCACGAAUGAUUACAGUGUAGUCUGUAUCAUCCUUAUAAACAAAGUAUUUUACCCUUUCUUUUGGAAAGUAUUGUACUUUGCGGUAAUAAAACAAGUGCAUUACGUAAAUUGACAUGCAUUUCACACUGUAAAUUCGUGUAUGUGUAACAUUCAGAAAUCGGCUGGCGAAAAGACCCAGUGGUUUUGGAUAGUAGGGCCAGUUAUGUGUCUAUGGAAGGAUGACGUCAGAGGUGGAGUUCUCAUGGCGUCGUCGCAGCUAAGACUCGAGCUUGCAAUCUAGUUAAAGCUUGUCGUCGAUGCGUUCAGCGAAAUGGAGAAGAAUGCAAAUCCACAUCGAGACGCGGGAGGAAGUGUUCUGUGCGCCGCCGUUCCGGCAGAAACCGGAGACAUCAAAACAGUCGGUGGAGUGAAAGAUGUCUGCGAGAAGAGAGAGAUUUUGACUACUCGUGCAAGUGCUAGCUGUGCUAAUGCUACACCCUGCACAGAGACAUCAGAUGCUGUUGAGACGGUCGACUCUCACACGUCUCCAAGCAAGAGCAUACAAGCAACCGCUUUAUCAGAGACGCUGUCGACCGAUGCAGCCGAUCGGUUGAGCAACGGGGUGGGAUAUGAGCCGUCGAUGGCUGCUGCUGGGAAUGAGGGUGGCACCUCAGAGUUAGUAAACAACCCAACGGGGGUGCAGCCAUCAGCUCCCUCCAACAUUACUAGUGUGCAAACGGACGCUUUGGAAGGAGGCAUGCAAGAACCAACAGAACUGUCCAAACCGGGUAAUUUGUGUCCGGACAAAACAAAGUCCGGGAGCUCAAAUUCGAACGAACAUACGGAGGGUCUUCCGAGUGGCAGUGAGCCCAGCAUCGCAGGAGAGUCCCGUAGCUUUGAUUCACUGGACUCCUUCUCCAAUCUAAACUCUUGUCCAAGAUCAGACCUUAACAGUGAAGGGCUGGAGGACAAGGGACUGGCUUUGGCUAUUCAGAGCGAAUACGGGGCCGAGGGAAAACUCCCGUGUCCGAAGGACAGAGGCACCGGUCAGUCGUUAUACCACAUCAAGUGGAUCAAGUGGAAGGAGGAGAACACGCCAAUCAUAACACAGAAUGAGAACGGGCCGUGCCCGCUGCUGGCCAUUAUGAAUGUCCUGCUAUUAUCAUGGAAGGUCAAGCUGCCACCAAUGAUGGAGAUAAUAACAGCCGAACAGCUGAUGGAAUAUCUGGGAGACUAUAUCCUUGAAGCCAAGCCAAAAGAGAUCUCAGAGGCUCAGCGGUUGAACUACGAACAGCUAACAGUGCAGCUCCAACACUGUGAGGCUUCACAAAAGAACGAGCAGCGUGGGAACAUGAGUGAUGCCAUGGCAGUGCUGCAUAAACUGCAGACAGGUCUGGAUGUGAACGUGAAGUUCACAGGUGUACGGGUAUUCGAGUACACGCCCGAGUGCAUCGUCUUCGACCUGUUGGAUAUUCCGCUCUAUCACGGAUGGCUGGUUGACCCGCAGAUGGCAGAUAUAGUGAAGGCAGUGGGGAACUGCAGUUAUAACCAGAUGGUGGAGAAGAUAAUCAGCUGUAAACAGUCAGACCGCAGUGAGCUGGCCGGGGAAGGUUUUGUGGCAGAGCAGUUCUUGAACAGCACAGCGACUCAGCUGACCUACCACGGCCUGUGUGAGCUCACCUCCACCGUACAGGAGGGAGAACUCUGUGUCUUCUUCAGGAACAAUCAUUUCAGCACCAUGACCAAAUUUAAGGCCCAGCUGUACCUGCUGGUGACAGAUCAGGGUUUUCUCACUGAAGAGAAAGUGGUUUGGGAAAGUCUCCACAAUGUUGACGGAGACGGCAACUUCUGCGACUCGGAGUUUCAUCUGAGGCCGCCCUCUGACCCGGAAACAGUGUACCACGGUCAGCAAGACCAGAUCGAUCAGGACUACCUGAUGGCGCUGUCUCUACAGCAGGAGCAGCAGGCUUCAGAUCUGGGAUGGGAACAGAUCCCAGAAGGCAUCAGUGAUCUGGAGCUGGCCAAGAAGUUGCAAGAGGAGGAAGACCGUAGAGCAUCGCAGUACUAUCAGGAGCAAGAGCAGGCACAGGAAGCAGCUGCGCAGGCACAGGGACUGCAGGCAGCUGUGGGUGCGGAUCAGGUGGACAGAGCAGCAGGAGCAGCAGCUGCCGGGGCCUCAGCAGGCGCUACAACUUCCCCAAGCCCUGGAAAACAGCCCUCCACGGGGGAGCGCAAACCUAAGAAAGAGGCCAAGGACAAAGACAAAUGCAUCUUGUUGUAACAGCAGUGAAGCGUGCGGAGCAUGAAACGGGCAGCAGUUUAAUUCCAGUGGCUCUGCGAUGCAUCUCCCAGCGUGGGGUGAAGAGAGAGGAAGCGUGACAGACGGAGAGGACUUGCCCUUCUCAAGCCACUUGUGCCUGACUUUAACCCUCUAUGUUCUGAAUACACACAAAAGCAGACGGGGGCGUCACUACAAAGACUAUCACUACAUGUUUCUUAGAGCUGGCCAAAUGUUCUCAGCAGGAAAACCACUGCAGUGCACUAUAUUUGUGUGGGGUCACCAGGGAGGGUGGAUUUUUUUGUAGUAUAAUAAGGUAAUGUAUUCAUAGCACUAGACAAAAAAGUCCCCCGUCCCUUAAAAACGCAACAAAGCAAGAAAAAUGCCACUACUCUUUUCAUUAUACGAAGCAUUAUCUUUUUUUGUGAAUAUCCGUUAUUGCUGUUGUUUAUAAGCUAUUUUAUACUAGUUUAUUCAUGCAUAUGUAGAUUAGUUGUAUCGGUCUGUUGUCCGGGAACUUUUAAUGAAAGGCCAUUGACAUAAGAAGGUAGCAAGCCAAUGUGUUGUGUGGCCACUAGUUCUUUGCCUGGCAAUAUUACAAUGGCAAAUUUCUCCAUUGAUAAUGUGCAAACUAGAAGGACAGGUAUCUCCUGAGGAGAAAAAUCCUUUGUGAAAUGAUUUUUUGCCAAAAGGAUAUUAAUAUUAACAUGAGGUCACAACAGACUAUAUCAAGGUCCAUAGCUUUAUAUUACAUUAUAAAAACAGGGCCAAUAAUUUGCUUCACCCCUUGUAUUUUACAGUACCUGAUAGCUAACAUUAAGAUAACUAAUUUGCCUUGUAGCUAAAAUAAACAAACUAGAAAAGUCAGUGGUUCUACUUAAAGGGACAGGUCACCCAAAAAUAAAAAAUCUGUCAUCAUUUACUCACCUUCAAGUUGUUUCAAAUCUGUACAUUUCUUUGUUCUGAUGAACACAGAAAGAUAUUUGGAAGGAUGCUCGUAACCAAACAGUUCUUGGCCACCAUUGACUACCAUAGUAGGAAAAAUGGUCUUUGUUCUGUUUUUGAAGAAUGUAGGAAAGCACAUUUUUCCAAAUAUAUUUCUCUGUGUUCAUCAGAACAAAGAAAUGUAUACCAGUUGAAACAAUUCAAGGGUGAGUAAAUAAAGACAAUUCAUUUUUGGUUGAAUUGUUCCUUAAAAUACUGUCUUUUAUCCCUAUUGUUUGUCAUUUUACUCCAGCUAGUGGUCAACCGAUAUAUGUUUUAAAAGAUGUUAGGAUUGUUUGGUGAGCAGGGUUGCCAAUUACUGACAUAUACAUUAUAAAAUAAAUUUGUAAAACUGUCAGUAGAUUUUGGAACUGACGCAAGGGUAGUUAACAAGUUAAUCUGAUUUCUAAGUUCAUUGCCGGCCAAUGCUUGCAAUGUAAAAACAGCUAAGCAUUUGUUCCAAGCUAUGUACUUUUCACACUCUUUCAUGUACAUCGUACAUAUUCAUAUAUUCUAUAUGGAUUUAAGGUAGAACGAGGAUCACUCAAGCCCGUGUUUUUAUAGCGCUGCCUCCUGAGAGACAAGGUAUUUUCUAUCUAAACAUUCCAGCAGUAUGCCUUGAACUGAGCCUCAGAUUCAGAGAAACACUAAUGUUGGGCUAGUUUCCCUGCAUCUGGGCUGCAUGUGGAUGGCGUAGUUUUGGGAGCCCUAGUAGAUUGUGUUGAUGAUGCUAGUCAUGGAAUGGCGCUAUUCUUUUAGCGUUUGGGCCAUUGGUGGCCAAUACUCUCUGUGUAUAAAAAGCCUUACAAUAUUUACACUAUCUUUUCUACAGAAAACACAAAUAGGUACAAGACAAGACUGAGACAAUCUGUACUUUACCAUUGACAGAAAACCUCACAGGCCUUCACAGAAGGAACAUAUCCACGAGUGUCUUGCAAACAGAUUGACAUGUUUUAGCUGCCUUGGUACUGGAUAUAGAUUAAAAACAAUGUAAAAUACAGGGUUUGAAAUUUGAACAUUACGUUUUUCAUCGGCCGUACAUUGUUGUAAAAGUGCAGUUUCGACCCUAGGAAUCAAGCUUUUACACGGCUGUUUUUGAAGUUUCAAAGUUCUGCAAUGCUGCUAUUUGAGGUGAUUUAGCUGGCAUGCUAUAUUGUGUAUAGCCAGCGUUGAUUUAGAUACCAAGAGCGCAGUCUUGCCCUGUCACGUUUAUGUCUUAAGAGCAUUCACACUACAAGAACCACAAAAAUGCAUUCAAAAUGUUGGUGAGCUUCUGUCACCUCUGGAAAUGGUGUCAUAUAGUAGGAAGCACAAGUGGUUGGGAGAGAGAUUUGUUGGGGGGUUUGUACUAGGGGAUGGGCUGAAAUUAUACAUUGUGUAGAACUGUAAAAAGAAUCAUCUAAACCAAACUUCUUAAUGUAAACGGCAGUGAUUCUAUGCAGCGGUGAAUGAGGGACUGCUUUCAACUCAAUUUGAAAAACCGUUUCCUUGCAGGUCAGCUUGAAUAUGGACAUUCCAAGGUGCUUAUGAUCAGUGGCAUGUCUGAAAUAAAAGUGGACAUUGCGAAUGCAACCUAGUAACAGGCUUUUCCAGCACACAAAAUACUAUGUAUCCACUGUGCAUUAGCUUCUGUCGUUUGCCAGUAACUAUCUUCUGUCGUUAUGUGCUUCAGCUUGAACCUUUUGCUUUUAAAAUCUCGUUCGUGACAGACGUGUGGAAUGUCACAAUAUACAUGUAGGGCUGUAAUGAUUUGUUAUUGGGAUAAGUAUUGAAAUUUCACAUUUGUAGAGUGACAAAAAGGGGUGUUUAGUUAUUUGUUAUGCACUGUUACACUGAAUGCACUAGAUGAGAAAAAUACCUCUUUUUAUACAAAAUAAGAAUCACCAGUUUGUCUGGUUUGAGCUGAAAACCUGAUUCAUAUGUAACACCCAGUACAGACUUCAUUCUGCAAUAAGGCUAAUAUUUGUGGGGCUACAAGAAGAAAUGUAAAUGGACAAUAAAAUACUUUCUGGAGGCUUCACGUAAUGCCAUUUACAUGUUCUUUUCCUUGCCCUGCUUUCAGACAGAAUAUAAUUUCUCAUAUAUUAGUGCCAUCAAGUGAUAAAGACAGCAGCGGAUUAGGAGGGCUUUUGCUUGAGCUGACACAUUUACUCAAAGGCAGGGCAUUACACCAAGGGUUAUCCAAACUAAUGACUUUUAAAUACUUGUUGUAAAAUGACUCUAGCACACUAUAAAUUCUGCCACAAAUGAAGAAAAGUGUAUAAAGUUUGCAACUACUGUGUGGCAGGUCAGUCCAUAAUGGAAAUGCAGUUGUGAUGCAUGUUUAACAACAACUCCCAAUGCUUUUAACGGAGUACUCCCAUUCUAUUUUUUAUCCUUUAUACCUGUAUAUUUACACAAAACGUAAUUUAGCAAAAAAUCUCACAAAAUGCAGAUAAGAUGUUAUAAGGGUCAACCUUCUAUUGUGUGCAAGGUUCAGUAAUGACCAAAAUAUGUGUGUAGCCCAACACCGUCAAAGAGUAGAUGGACAUUUUUCUGUAACAAAUGCCUUAGACGAGGGACAAUACGUCUGAAAUAAAGGAAAUUUGAUCGGUG